UCCCUGGGCAGGGAAUGUCUGUGUCAGGCAAGAAUUAGAGACGAGCGGUCAGCAGAGCCUCGGUGCCCGGUGCCGAUCCAUCCGUCAAGCCUGGGAGCCUGGGAGCAGGAAGAUGUCGAAUGAACUUGAUUUCAGAUCCGUACGGCUGCUAAAGAACGACCCAGUUAACUUCCAGAAAUUCCCCUACACUAACGAGGAUGAGGCCUGGAAGACCUACCUUGAAAAUCCCUUGACGGCGGCCACGAAGGCCAUGAUGAGAGUCAAUGGAGACGAUGAGAGCGUUGCGGCCCUGAGCUUCCUCUACGAUUACUACAUGGGCCCCAAGGAGAAGCGGCUACUGUCCUCCAGCACUGGGGGCCGGAACGACCAAGGAAAGAGGUACUACCAUGGCAUGGAAUAUGAGAUGGACCUCACCCCCCUUGAAAGUCCCACGCACCUCAUGAAAUUCCUGACAGAGAAUGUGUCUGGAACCCCAGAGUACCCAGAUGUGCUCAAGAAGAAUAACCUAAUGAGCUUGGAGGGGGCUGCACCCACACCGGGCAAGGCAGCUCUCCUCACCCCAGGCCCCAGCAAGCUGGAAGCUGGCUCUGUGGACGGCUACCUGCUGCCCACCAGUGAUGUGUAUGAUAAUGGCUCCCUCAGCUCCUUGUUUGAGAGCAUUCAUGGGGUGCCUCCCACACAGCGCUGGCAGCCUGACAGCACCUUCAAAGAUGACCCACAGGAGUCGCUGCUCUUCCCAGAUAUCCUGAAAACAUCCCCGGAACCCCCGUGUCCAGAGGACUAUCCCAGCCCCAAGAGUGACUUUGAGUACACCCUGGGCUCCCCUAAAGCCAUCCACAUCAAAUCGGGCGAGUCGCCCAUGGCCUACCUCAACAAGGGCCAGUUCUACCCUGUCACCCUGCGGACCCCAGCAGGCGGCAAAGGCCUUGCCUUGUCCUCCAGCAAAGUCAAGAGUGUGGUGAUGGUGGUCUUCGACAACGAGAAGGGCCCGGUGGAGCAGCUGCGCUUCUGGAAGCACUGGCAUUCCCGGCAACCCACCGCCAAGCAGCGGGUCAUCGAUGUGGCUGACUGCAAAGAAAACUUCAACACUGUGCAACACAUUGAGGAGGUGGCCUAUAAUGCACUGUCCUUUGUGUGGAAUGUCAACGAGGAGGCCAAGGUGUUUAUCGGCAUCAACUGCCUCAGCACAGACUUCUCCUCGCAGAAGGGGGUGAAGGGUGUCCCCCUGAACCUGCAGAUCGACACCUACGACUGUGGCUCAGGCACUGAGUGCCUGGUACACCGAGCUGUCUGCCAGAUCAAGAUCUUUUGUGACAAGGGAGCGGAAAGGAAGAUGCGGGAUGAUGAGCGGAAGCAGUUCCGGAGGAAGGUCAAGUGCCCCGACUCCAGCAACAGUGGCGUCAAGGGCUCCCUGCUGUCCGGCUUCAGGGGCAAUGAGACCACCUACCUGCGGCCUGAGGCAGACCUGGAAACCCCGCCGGUGCUGUUCAUCCCCAACGUGCACUUCUCUGGCCUGCAGCGCCCUGGAGGGGCAGUGCCCUCAGCAGGACACGGCACCUCCAACAGGCUGCCUCUGAAGCGUACCUGCUCACCCUUCACCGAGGAGUUUGAGCCUCUGCCCUCCAAACAGGCCAAGGAAGAUGACCUACAGAGAGUGCUGUUGUACGUGCGGAGAGAGACCGAGGAGGUGUUUGACGCCCUCAUGUUGAAGACCCCGGACCUGAAGGGCCUGAGGAGUGCGAUCUCUGAGAAGUAUGGGUUCCCUGAGGAGAACAUUUACAAAGUCUACAAGAAAUGCAAGCGGGGAAUAUUGGUCAACAUGGACAACAACAUCAUUCAGCAUUACAGCAACCACGUCGCCUUCCUGCUGGACGUGGGGGAGCUUGACGGCAAGAUCCAGAUCAUCCUUCAGGAGCUGUGA